CUGUGGAAUGACGUCAAGACGUAUCACAUUGAAUGAUGACGCCGUUUCAUCAUUAAAACUGCCAUUAAAAAGAAAUGAAAUUCAGGUUUGUUGAUACAUUGCAUGACUACAUGUGACAGACUUAGUUCACCUUUGGAGCUGGUUGGUGUUUCAACAAGUUUGUUAAGCCGUAAUAGUUAGAAAGUAACUGUUGAGCUAGGGAGAAUGUCAAAUUCGAGCAUCUGCAGACAGAGGUAGACUGGAUUCGGCUGACUCCCCUCCACGCACUGUCUCGGAAGACCCGCUAGCCUGCGAGUACUGCAGUCCGGCCAGGCGCGUCAUGCCGAGGGCUCGCUAACCGCAGACCAGAACACAUUUAAGACGUUCGCCCCCAUUGUUGCUCAGGAACAUGAAGAUGUGAAUCCAACCAUCUGCUGCGCAAAGACCCAAGUUGGAGGCUAAGUAGAUUCUUCUUCUCUCAGUUUCCCAACGAGUGUGAGCAAUGUCCAGCAGGAGGAAGUCAACCACACCCUGCAUGUUGCUGCCAUCUGAUGUGGAGGAGCAAGAGGACCCAGACAUGGAGGUGAGCGAGGAGAGUGUUGGAGGUACGGAUGGCUCCUCUGAGAAACCUGCUGAAGCCCUUGGUCCAGCUGAACCUGACGCAGAGCAUGACACCAGUCUACCUGAGGGGGAGGACAGUGUCAAUUUUGGAGCAGUCAGACGUAGCAACCAUUCAGAGGAGUCCAUCAGUGACCUCAUUAUGGAUGGGGGGUUUGUUGAGCCGGAUGCUGAUGGUAGCGAAGACCCAACCGUAGCUGCAAUUUCCCUCAGCAAGACUCCCAUCAUGAAGAUGAAGAGCAAAUCCGAAUCCAAGAGGAUUGCGCUGUCUCUGAAAGCGGCGGAGGAGAGUGAUGGCGUCGGGGAGAGUGAGGGAGAGCAGGAACCGAUUGAAGCGCCUCUGGGCUCCCUCACGCCGGCAGAGCUGAUGAGUCCGCUGCUACAUGCCGAGGCACUAAAACCUGGCCUUUUGCUUAACUUCCCCACCAGCGCUGACCACAAGCAGAAAUCCGUGCUGAACUCAGCCUCGAUGCUGCCAGCGGGCCUUGCCCAGGUGCUGUCAGCCCUGCAGGCGCAGCAGAGCGCUGCCCAGGCCCAACUCCUCAUCCCUCUGAGCAGCAUCCCCUCCUACAACGCAGCCAUGGACACCAACACUCUACUGGUCAACACUUACAAGAGGUUCCCUUACCCCUCGAUGGCAGAGAUCCUUGGUCUGGCCUCCCAGACUAAGUUCAGUGAAGAGCAGAUCAAGAUCUGGUUCUCGGCCCAGCGGCUGAAACAUGGAGUGAGCUGGACCCCAGAGGAAGUGGAGGAUGCUAGGAGGAAGCAGUUUAAUGGCACGGUGCAUACAGUACCCCAGACCAUUACAGUCAUCCCAGCGCACCAUCUCUCUGCAGCAGCCAACGGCCUUCAGUCCAUCCUCCAGACCUGCCAGAUCGUGGGCCAGCCAGGCCUGGUGUUCACCCAGGUGGGCACCACCAGUAGCUUGCCUGUCACCACCCCCAUCACCUUGACAGUGGCUGGGGUCCCCAACCAGAGCCAUACCCCUAAGGCCUGCUCAAGCCAAACUAGCCCAGCAGGUAGUGAGUUGAAGAGGGCUACCACAGUCCAGCCCCCUUCUCUGACCCCCCAGGAGAACUCUGCCCUCAGCGCCGACCAUUUCGGGAUGCGACCCAAGAAGUCGAAGGAGCAGUUGGCGGAGCUGAAGGCCAGCUACCUUCGCAACCACUUUGCCAGUGACGCUGAGAUUGCCCGUCUGAUGAAGCUGACCAACCUGACAAAGGGGGAGAUUAAGAAGUGGUUCAGCGACACACGCUACAACCAGCGCAACUCCAAGAACAGCCACGUCAUUGUGUUCCACGACGGCAACCGAGGCGGUGGAGGUGGCAACGCCACCAUCGUCAUUGACUCCAGUGAUGAGACUCCUCAGUCCCCUCCCCCCGCAAUUCUGCCACCGGUCAAGGAGACACGACCCAAAACCUGGAACCCCUUCCCAGACUUCACCUUGCAGAAGUUCAAGGAAAAGACUCCAGAGCAGCUGGUGGUCCUGGAGGAAAGCUACCAGAAGUGCGACAUGCCCUCCGACGAGGAGCUGAGCCGACUGAGGACGGAGACCAAGCUGACACGGCGAGAGAUCGAUGCCUGGUUCACGGAGAAAAGGAAGACCCUAGCUCCCUCGGCAGCUGCUGCCCCUGAGUCCCCUGAACCAGGUGGCGAGCAGAUGGAUCAAGAAGCAGCAGGCACCUCUCCCUCAUCCUCGAGGAAGGGCUGUCAGACCCCACCGGGUGGCAGGCGAGCCAGCAGGGACAAGGUGGUGAAAAAGAGCCCUGAGCAGCUCCACGUCCUGAAGAGCACCUUCGUCCGGACCCAGUGGCCCUCAGCCGAGGACUACGACAGGCUCGCCAAGGAGAGUGGCCUGCCCAGGUCCUACAUCGUCAACUGGUUCGGAGACUCGCGGUACGCAUGGAAGAACGGGAACCUCAAGUGGUUCUUCUUUUACCAAAGCGGCAACGUGGAGGGCAUCAACGGCAACAAGAACAGGAAGCGGCGGGUCCGGAACCGCGGCUGGGGACGUUCCCGGAGCAGGAGGGCCAAAAGGUCCGCUGGCGUGGAGAAGUCCCCACCUGUCAAGUUUAAGACAGGCAGGGACAUCCUGAAGGAGUACUAUCUCAAGCACAAGUACCUGAACGAGCAGGACCUGGACGAGCUGGUGGCCAAGUCCAACAUGGGAUAUGAGCAGGUGAGAGAGUGGUUUGCCGAGGUCCAGCGACGGGAGGACAUGGGGACGGACCCGUUUGAGGGAGCUGCUGAGAACGAUGAGCAGGAGGGAGGGGAGGACCGAGAGGGGAGGGAGGGGGCAGAGCUAGCACCCGAAGAGCAAAGCAGCACAGUGGUGGAAGAGGAGGAGGAUGAUGAAGAGGAUGAUGAAGAUGACACUGAUGAUAGCGAGGCCUGGGAGCCUUCUCGGGGGGUCCGGAGGUCAAUGUCGGGCCCAGAGGACCAGUGAUGGUCAGAUGAUCCCAGAAGUCCAACAGCACAACACAAAGUAACCAACAGACUGACAAUAAUCUGUGUCUUUUAAGGGGCACCAACUGAAUAGGUCCCUGGUGUACCCACACAAAACAUGCACCUUUUACACUUAGUGUUGUGUAGAUGUAUUUGUUUGUCUUGCUAAUACUACCAGUUGUUACACAGAGAGUGGACAUGACAAGAUCAGAUGUUUUAAUAUUGGAAAGGAUCUAGUUCGUUAUGGCUAAUGAAAAAUUUAAAAACCUUGAUUUAAUCACCACAUGUAUGUAUGUGCAUAGAAGUUAUAUAUGUUAACUUCUCUAUGUCAGUGAAAGACAGUAAAAACCUUCUAGUGAAUCAUUUGGAACAUGAUGAGGAUGUUCCGUUGGAAGUUAUGGGAUGCAAGGAACGGCUGUGCCAAAGUAAAUUGAAUGUGUUGGUAUCUGUGCUACAGAUGAGCUGGUAGCCGGAGGUCCAGCGUAGCAUGGCCUCUUUGGGUGAAUUGACAUUUGUAGUACAGACAGACGUGCACUUUUGACUCAUCACUUGAUAAACGUGUUGUGGAAUCAAAUCUUGAUUGGGCACCUUAGAUCUCUCACACCAUUAAAUGGCUGUGAGAGACCAGAUCUGUUUUCUCUGAACUAACCAGUAUUUUGCCUUUUUUUAGUCCUCUGAUUGUAAGUUCAAGAGGAUGAACCACACUGACUGCCCCUGUUGAUGUUUCAAAUACAAGUCCAGAACGGAUAUUCAUUCAGCACAAUAGAUCAUUAUUAACUAGCCUAGCAGCUUUUAACAACAUUUAACUAUUAACAUUGUAGCAGUGUCCACAUUUAUAAAGCUUUGCUGCCUUGAAA